CCUAAUUAAUUAAUUAUUUUAUCAGCUAACUUAUAUUUUAUUGAUCUGUCCGCGUGAACCAGCAGACCAACAUGCUCUCUACUCGCUCUGCUCUCUCCGUGAAGAACCAGCAGUCCCUCAGCAGAGACAUCAGCAACAUGUCGCUGGACAAAGAGAACACGCCGCCCAGUCUCAGCUCGACCCGGGUCCUGGCGACCAAAACCGCGCGGAAAAUCUUCUCCUCUCCGGAGGUGAAGAAGAGCAGCAGCAGGGAGGAAGAGGAGGAGCCGCUGCUGAAGGAAAACCCUCGACGCUUCGUCAUCUUCCCCAUCCAGUACCACGACAUCUGGAACAUGUACAAGAAGGCCGAGGCCUCUUUCUGGACCGCCGAGGAGGUGGACCUGUCCAAGGACCUGCAGCACUGGGAGUCCCUGAAGGACGAGGAGCGGUUCUUCAUCUCUCAUGUUCUGGCGUUCUUCGCCGCCAGCGACGGCAUCGUUAACGAGAACCUGGUGGAGCGCUUCACACAGGAAGUCCAGGUGACGGAGGCCAGGUGUUUCUACGGCUUCCAGAUCGCCAUGGAGAACAUCCACUCAGAGAUGUACAGCCUCCUCAUCAACUCCUACAUCAAGGAGCCCAAAGAGAGAGAAUACCUGUUCAACGCCAUCGAGACUCUGCCGUGUGUGAAGAAGAAGGCCGACUGGGCCAUCAACUGGAUCGGCAACAAGAGCGCCAACUACGGAGAGCGAGUUGUGGCCUUCGCUGCCGUGGAGGGAAUCUUCUUCUCUGGUUCCUUCGCUGCGAUCUUCUGGCUGAAGAAGAGAGGCCUGAUGCCCGGCCUGACCUUCUCCAACGAGCUCAUCAGCAGAGACGAGGGUCUCCACUGUGACUUUGCCUGUCUGAUGUUUAAACACCUGGUGAACAAACCGUCGGCAGAAACCGUCACCAAGAUCAUCAAGAACGCCGUGGAGAUCGAGCAGGAGUUCCUGACGGAGGCUCUGCCGGUGAAGCUGAUCGGGAUGAACGGGGACCUGAUGAAGCAGUACAUCGAGUUCGUAGCCGACAGACUGAUGCUGGAGCUGGGCUUCACCAAGAUCUACCGGGUGGAGAACCCCUUCGACUUCAUGGAGAACAUCUCUCUGGAGGGGAAGACCAACUUCUUUGAGAAGAGAGUGGGAGAGUACCAGAGGAUGGGCGUGAUGUCAGGACCCUCAGACAACACCUUCAGGCUGGACGCUGACUUCUGAGGCUCUAAAAGGUUUAACUCCGUCUGAAUGUUUACAGACUCUCUCCACCUGCCUGGUGACCCGGGGACCUGCAGUGCAUGCUGGGAUUGCAGCACAAACGUAUCCGUUAACACAUGGACUGUUGUACAUAACAACUUAUGGUGAUCAACGACUGUUUUUUGUAAAUUAAUAGUUUCUUUUAAUCUGCAUUUUGUAACAAAAUGCAAAGCUUUAUAUAUAUUAAAGUGUUUUUAGAUCAGCUUUAGUUACUUUGUUAAAUAUGUACAGGAAAUGUUUUAUCUUGGUAGUGACUUUUGGUUUUGUAAUAAAAAUGAUGUAAAUUGAAA